AUGUCAGGGCUCACAUAUCUCAUCACCGACGCCGGCCGAGGAAUCGGCAAAGGCAUCCUCACAUCCCUCAUUACCCGUCCUAACACAACCAUCAUCGCCGCCGUCCGCAACACCGCAGCAGCCACCAAAUCCCUCAGCUCUCUCCCCUUCGGUCAAAACAGCAAACUCAUAAUCAUCAAACUCGACGCAACCAUUGACACCGACCCCGCCGCCGCAGUCGAAACUCUCAAAACCACCCACCACAUAACCCAUCUCGACGUCCUCCUCUCCAACUCCGGCCUAAUGUCCCCUACAUCCAUCUCCCCCGUUCUUUCCACCCCACCCUCCACCGUACGCGAGCACUUCGAAGUCAACACCCUCGGACCCCUCACUCUAAUCCAAGCCUUCAUGCCCCUCCUCCUCGCAUCCCCGUCCCCGUCCCCCAAAUUCCUCGUCAUUACUUCCAGCGUGGGGUCCAUUACCGACACGGAGAAAUUCCCCGUGCCAUUCUUCGCGUAUGGUGUUAGUAAAGCGGCGGCGAAUUAUCUGGUUAGGAAGGUGGCGUUUGAGAGUCCGGGGGUGGUGACUAUGGCGGUUAAUCCGGGGUGGGUGAGGACGGAGAUGGGGACGAGUGCUGCUGUGGGGGUGGGAAUGGAGGAGGCGCCGAUGACGGUGGAGGAGAGAGUGGAGGGGUUGGUGAGGUUGAUUGAUGGGGCGUCUAUUGAGCAGACGGGAACGUUUACUGCUGUGACUGGGGAGACUAUUCCGUGGUGA